CCUCUGUAGUCAGCAGAACGAGUGGCUGAGCGGAGGUACACAGCAUCCACGGCUACAGCAUCCUGCAGAUGACUCUGCUCCGUGGAGGAGAGGAGGGAGGGAAAAAAAAGCAAGUGUGGGAGAGAAAAGGGUUGAUCCACAGAUGAGGAGAGACUGAGAGAAGAAGAGAAGCACAGAAGGAGUAAGAGUGGGAAAUGAAAGGAAUUGAGUAAACACCGCUGCCUGCCUGAGGACCACUGCAGCUGUACUAAAUCUGGGGCUGUCAGGCCAACCCUCAGCAAAGCAGUGAGUGAGAGAGGCAAGGGAGCAGAGGAGGAAAAGAAGUGAUUUAAAGAGCUGAUCUCAUCACUCUGGACAAGCAGGGAUGGGAACCCCAAGAGCCUCUCCGUCAGCAGAUCAAACUUCACACAGGAAAAGUGCCUUCGGAUCACCGGUCUGAGUCUCAUCAGAGGAGUAAAGAAAAGGAACAUAAAAGAGAAUUGUCCUGUUAGUUCCCAAAAGGUGAAACCUCGUACAGGAACUCUGAUUACUACACUGCUGAGUACAGCUCAAGCCUCUGCUGUCCCUCCUCGGUCCUCCCUCACACCUGCCUGCUCCUGGUGAAUGUCUUCUCUGCAUGCAAUCCCACUGCUCGGCAGUUGAAAACACUCAUGGUCGAUGCCAAGGGAAGGAACAUGAAAUGUCUGACUUUCUUCUUAAUGCUUCCCGAGUCAGUGAAAAGCAAGUCAAGUAAAAGCUCCAAGAAAGGGAAUGCCAGUGGCAGCUCCAAGCUGCCCCCUGUCUGUUAUGAGAUAAUCACCCUGAGGAGCAAGAAGAAGAAGAAGAUGGCAGCAGACAUUUUUCCCACCAAAAAGCCGGCAUCCACCACCACAGUGCAACAGUACCAGCAGCAGAACCUCAACAACAACAACACCAUACAGAACUGUAACUGGCAAGGACUCUACUCCACUAUAAGAGAAAGAAAUUCAGUAAUGUUCAACAAUGAGCUGAUGGCAGAUGUUCACUUUGUGGUGGGUCAGCCUGGAAGGACUCAGCGGCUGCCAGGACACAGAUAUGUUUUGGCUGUGGGCAGCUCAGUCUUCCACGCCAUGUUUUAUGGUGAACUGGCUGAGAACAACGAUGAAAUCCAUAUCCCAGAUGUGGAACCACCAGCAUUUCUGGCAAUGCUGAAGUACAUUUACUGUGACGAGAUUGACCUGAGUGCUGACACAGUGUUAGCCACUCUUUAUGCUGCCAAGAAGUACAUUGUCCCUCACCUGGCACGUGCCUGCGUCAACUUCCUGGAGACCAGCCUGAGUGCCAAGAAUGCCUGCGUGUUACUCUCCCAGAGCUGCCUGUUCGAGGAGCCAGAGCUGACACAGCGCUGCUGGGAGGUGAUUGAUGCCCAGGCCGAGCUGGCGUUACGCUCGGAGGGCUUCUGCGACAUAGACGCCCAGACCCUGGAGAGUAUCCUACAGCGAGAGACACUCAAUGCUAAAGAGAUAGUGGUGUUUGAGGCAGCGCUCAACUGGGCUGAGGCUGAGUGCCAGAGACAGGAACUCAGCUUGUCGACUGACAACAGACGUAAGGUUUUGGGCAAGGCCAUGUACCUGAUACGAAUCCCUACUAUGGCGUUGGAUGAUUUUGCCAAUGGAGCAGCCCAGUCUGGCGUGUUGACGCUUAAUGAGACCAAUGACAUCUUCCUGUGGUAUACAGCAGCCAAGAAGCCUGAGCUGCAGUUUGUCAGCAUGCCUAGGAAGGGCCUGACACCCCAGCGCUGCCACAGAUUCCAGUCCUGUGCCUACCGAAGCAAUCAGUGGCGUUACCGGGGCCGCUGUGACAGUAUACAGUUUGCAGUGGAUAAAAGAGUUUUCAUCGCUGGGUUUGGACUGUACGGAUCUAGCUGUGGCUCAGCAGAGUACAGUGCCAAGAUUGAGCUGAAACGUCAAGGAGUACUGCUGGGACAAAACCUCAGUAAAUACUUCUCUGAUGGGUCCAGCAACACCUUCCCAGUAUGGUUUGAGUAUCCAGUCCAGAUCGAGCCUGAUACCUUCUACACUGCCAGUGUGGUGCUGGAUGGGAAUGAGCUCAGCUACUUUGGACAGGAAGGGAUGACAGAGGUGCAGUGUGGGAAAGUGACAUUUCAGUUUCAGUGCUCCUCGGACAGCACUAAUGGCACUGGGGUGCAGGGGGGGCAGAUCCCUGAGCUCAUCUUCUACGCUUGACACCACCUCUGCACAUAUUUGACUGAUUUUCAAUGCACUUAUGGAAAUAGAAAUUUAUUACUUUGUGCAUAGUGUCACUUUCUGGUAUUUAUUUUUGUCACUAUUGUGCAGAAAAAAAAAUCAGACCUGUGAUAGGGUCUUGUGUGGUUUUGAUUUUAGUAAUUGGUCCACUUGAGUAGGAUCAGAUAGAUGUCUCAAGAUGUUUGGUUGUCCAGAUACGUGGAUGAACGUCCUAAAAGAUUAAAAAUAUCUUGCACUAGAUGUGCAUAUAAUGUAUAUAUGAAUAUAUGUAAAUUUUGAAAUGUAUAUGAUGCCACAAUUGUGGCCAAUGCUGGCCUCAAAGAUAUCUUAUAUGAUAAAUAUGCUACAGUAUGUUUAUUAUUUCUAUGCUUGCAUAGAAUGCACAUAUAUAGCAGCAAUACUUCACAUUCUAUAUUCUUCGAUGAGCAUUUCAUGUCACAACUCAGUCUGGACCAUUAGCGUUAAAAAGUGAAGAAAGGCUGUAUGAUAGCAACAUACAAUUUCCUUAGGCAUUUGUAUUUAAGUGGUUUCAACUGAAUCUGCAGCUUUUUGAUACUCUGAAUCUAGUAACGGGGCACUUAGAGAGAGCGUGAGGGGUCUUAGAUUAGGGGGCACUAGAUAUAAUGAGACACAACCCAUACAGCAUCUCUCUCUGUAGCAUGCUGCUCUGCACCUACAGUACACUCAUCUCAGACACUCCAGUGAGGUUUCAUUUAGAUCAGUGUUAUUAUGUUUACAGUGAAAUUCUACUUAAAGAAUCACUUUUCACUGCUAUACGGUCGAGUGAAAGAUUUCUUUGGUUUAAUCUGUGCACAUUGCAGUACUUACAGCAAGAGCAGAACUGUUCCAUUUCAUCUAAUGUGUACUACUAAUUGUUCUGGCGCCUUGGUUUUGUUUACAGCAAAAAGAUCAAUGAUUGAUUCAGUGUUAGAAACUGUUUAUCUUAUGGACUUUUACUUCUCUUUGUUAAAAACCCUGAACUGCUGAGCACUCCCUCCCAAUGUGAUCAUACAGUAUCAGUACUUGCAUACUGUAUAUGCUACAGAAUUGCACUGAUGUUGGUUUGUAAUUGAAUUUGUCACUUUGUUUUACUUGUUCUUUUAAAUGGGGCAGAUUCUUUUGAUUUACUGUGCUACUGAAUUUUUUUUUUUCUGGUGUAGGAUAAACAUCCACAGGCUUGUCUGCUGAUAACAAUGGAUGGGCAAACUGGUGUUCAUGUCCUGUGUUUACGUGCUACAGUGCUGGGAGACCAAUGAAUGUGUAUGAUUGUUGAUGAUGCAAAUAAACAAAAC